AUCCGUUAGGUUGGGCAUGCCUUUUCGCCGCUUGUCAUUAUGUCAUGAAAAGUUGGCAUAUGUAAAGGCCAAGUGAAGGCCAAAAUGUUGAAGAUAAGUUCUUAAAAAACUUUUCUCGAACAGGUUAGGUGGGAAAGAAAAAAGAAGAAAAAUGAAAACAUAGAUGGAGAAGAAAUUGAUAUACUCACAAAACCAAUUCCAAACACAUAUCAAUCUCAAAAAUCUUCCUCCUCUAGAUCCCCGCACCACCUCCGAUUCCCAGGUGAGGAAAAUCAAGAGUACAGUUGCGAGGUAUGUUCCAAAAUAUGCCAAGCCAAGACCCGAAGGAGAGGGAACCAAGGCAGGGAAAUUGUUUGAUCAUGAGGCAAACACUGAGGCAGAUUUGUUGGCCGAUAGAAAUCUAGUGCAUAAAUUGAAUGGUUCCAGAGAUGAUCAUGAUGCUUCUAAUUGCUGCGUAAAGCACUUAAUAGAUUCCAAUAAUAUCAUCUCCAAAGCUCAAGCUCAAACUCAAACUCAAACUCAAAGCCAGGUGGAUUCUAAGGACUGUACGGAUGAUAGGGCCUUCAAUAACAAUUCAGGUGAACCAAAAAAGACAUCAGCUAAAUCACAAUUGCAUGAGAUUUGUGUAGCCAACACUUGGAAACCUCCUUUAUUUGAAUGCUGCAAAGAGGAAGGACCUUCCCACCAAAGAUUAUUAGCACAGCUUCACCUUUAAGGUUUCAAUGGAGAUAGAAGGGGCAGGGACAGCAUCUACAUUGCAGUGUUAUGGGGCAGCCAGGCCCAAAAAGAAGACUGCAGCAGAGAAUGCAGCUGAAGGAGCUUUAUGGUACUUGAAGCAUCUUGGCUAUUUUCCAAUAAAAAAUGUUGGACAGAAAGGGAAAAAAAUAAAUAAAUAAAUAAAUAGUAAUUAUAUUUUUAAUAAUCCCAUUUUAACUCAUGUCUUAACCUAAUGGAUCAUUGUAAUUUUCCUCAAUCAUAUUAAGAAUAAUGAAAAAAAAUAAAUAAAUUCUCA